GUGCUCAACCGAGUGCUGCUGCUCCCGCCCCUGCAGGGCACCCAGCCCUCGAUCGAUUUCCAACACCUGGCAGAGGCCUUUGGGCUCGACAUCAUCAUGGCAGAGGACUUCCACUGGCCCAGCACUUGUGACGACCUGUCCUCGGAUCGACUCCCCGUGCUGGAGGUGAGCGGCCCGCGCUCGGGACCUUUCCGAGACUACGCCGGGCUACUGCGCGCCUCUUCGUAUGUUUUGGUUUGGACAUGUUUGGACCAUCAUGCACAGGGACCUUUGGGGACCUUUGGGGACCCAUGUGGUGGGAGAAGGCCAACGGAUAACAUGUGCCAAAAAGACGGACUGCUGGGCAGGUCUGGAGUUCAGUCGUUGGGGGAGUCCGGCCGUGUCGGGCCGUGUCGGACGUCCGACGUCCGACGUUCGUGGCGCAGCUGGACCGAGGCGACGAAACGAGGGGCGACGAGCCACCAAAAUCCCGCGUGA